AUGGAACCAGGAACCCAGUCGUGCCCCCCGCCUGAACUCCCUCAGCUCGUCGCUGAACAACAUGUGCCCAUUGCGGCCGGCGAUAAGGAUACGCAGCGCUUGAUUGUCGUGCUCUCCAAUGCCAGCCUGGAAACGUAUCGGUCGUCGCAUGGCGGUCGGGGCGGUCGGGAGGAGAAAUAUUCUCUUCUCAACAGCGACGAGCACAUCGGCGUCAUGCGCAAGAUGAACAGAGAUAUUAGCGAUGCCCGUCCCGAUAUCACCCAUCAGUGCCUGCUCACCCUCCUCGAUUCGCCCAUAAAUAAAGCUGGACGGUUGCAGAUCUACAUCCACACCGCAAAAGGCGUCCUCAUCGAAGUCAGCCCGACGGUGCGAAUUCCACGAACAUUCAAGCGAUUUGCCGGGCUGAUGGUGCAGCUGCUGCACCGUCUGUCCAUCCGAUCGACCAAUUCGCAAGAGAAGCUGCUCAAGGUCAUCAAAAACCCCAUCACCGACCAUCUGCCGCCCAACUGCCGCAAGGUCACGCUCAGUUUCGACGCGCCCGUAGUCCGUGUUAAGGACUAUAUCGAAUCUCUGGAUCCAAAGGAAAGCAUCUGCGUGUUUGUCGGAGCUAUGGCCAAGGGACGCGACGAUUUCGCAGACGAGUUCAAAGACGACGCUAUUGGCAUCAGCAACUACAGUCUUAGUGCCAGUGUGGCGUGCAGUAAAUUCUGCCAUGCCGCAGAGGACGUCUGGGACAUUGUCUAA